CCGAGAGAUUAUUACCUGAAUUACCCAAACUAAUUUCGGGUAAUCAAAAUCGUUAUCUGAAUUUAAGAUUGGGUACUUCGAGUUUGGGUAAUUCAGGUCCGAAUCCGAGUAAUUUAGGUACGGGUAAUUUGCCCAGGCUUACUCUUGCUAUCUCCAUUCAAAAGAAUAUAUAGACAGUUAAAUGAAUUCUGGCCUAAUCUAAAAUAAAAAAUUAUAAUUUCUAUAAUACAAAAUACUCUCUCCGUCCAGUAAAGAAUGCAAUUAUAGGACCAUAGAUUAGCUGGUUAGAUUCCUUGUGUAUAACCUGUCCAGCCGGGUUCAAGUCCUCGACUUGGUACAGAUGCUCAUAUUUUCAUGGACUUAUUAUUCCAGGAUUUAUCGGUCCUAUGCUUUCAGUGGUAGACGAUGUCCCCAUCAACAGCGAGACGCCUGAGAUGACUUCAUAAAUCUCGUGAUCAAUCGUCUUAGUCCUUCGGAGGUACCCAUAAGGGACCCAUGUUCUUCUGAUUUGCAUUUAGUUGAUGCGAUUCUUUCGAAAUUGGUGAAUUGUAAAGGCUCUGGUGGAGCUCCAUGGCAGGGACCAUUGCCACCUCCACGCAUUUCUCCUCCCAAAACGCUGGGAGAUUGCAUUGCCAGAGCUUCGUACCAGAGUACACCUAAUUCAUCACCGGUUAGAAGGUUUGCUCGGGUAAAUUUUUCCACUUUAUCACCGGCGACCACUUCGCCGGUUGGGGAGAAGAAAGGUUCCAAACAGUCAAAAAAGGAUGAAAUUCAGAAACUGAAUUGUAGGGACACUGAUCCAGAAUUCCCUCCGUUGGUUCCGAAGGCCGCUACGGAGUUUCCCGUGCGUGUCCACGGAGACAAUACGGUGGGCAACAAUCCUGAGCGAGUGGUUACCCUUGGGCCUGGUAGAACGUUUCGGCCUACCAAAGGCCUAUGUGCUUUGUUUGCAAGGACAGGCACUCGAGUCAUAACCCUAUCAAAGUCACAGCCGCCGGUCACAUCUCCACAUCGACGAUCAUUCGCGGAAGGCGUACGGAGUAAGAGGCAGAUGGCGGCUCACGGGAAUGGUGGUUUUGGCCAUGGCUUUGGUGAUCGGGACGAAGCCCUCGAUCUGCGUUUCCAACCGGGGUUCAACCCAAGACGCGGAGGUCGGGGCGUUGGGCGGGGCUUUGCCGCUAGCCGUGGACGAGGUCGCAACAACGGCUAUAACUUUGGCGGUCGCCACGGCGGUGGCGCACAAUUUCAUGGCGGUGGAAGGGCGUAUGGAGGUUAUGGCUGUGAUCGAAGCUACGGAGGGUGGAGGGGCCGCGAUGGUUGGCAUCAGUUCAACUACGGCCCUCAUCCUCCUCCCCAAUACCAUGGCGUCAACGGGCUGAUGGGAGGACACCCCCACCAGGCGCCAGUUGGGCACCAGUUUGGGGGCGCUGUGCAUCAGGUCGAAGGCGGUGGAGCUUCUCCUCAGGGAGGGGAGGGAGCACCAGUGCACCCUGUUCGCCACGCCCAUGGAGCUGGUGGGCACCUGCUUCUUCAUCAACAGGCGCCGGUAGUGGGUCAGCAGGGUGGUGGUGCCCCUCAGGUCGUCCCUGCUGCUGCUCAUCAACUGGUGCCCCAACAGGCGCCCAACGCUGCUCCUCAGGGAGGGGGCGUUGUGCUCCAGGCCGCCUCUACCGCUGUCCAACUGCCUCCUCCCCAACAGGAGGCCGGUGUAGGGCUUGGUGGUGGUAAUGGGGCAGCAAGCAACGCGUCCGCAUCGGCUAUGGUGGUGGACUCAGAGAAUGGCAAAGCAACUGAGAACAAGGCUGCAGAGAACCCUAAGGUGACUACCCCAUCUAAUACAGUGUUAGAUAUCCCAGAGUCCUCUGACAAGGGUGCACAGAAGAAUAAGGGCAAGCCCUUUUGUUACAGAUGCCGCACCAAAGGUCACACAAUUCAUGAAUGCACUGUUGCCUUAUGCUGUGCAAUCUGUUUUGGGGAACAUGUCACUAAACUUUGCCAGAACUUAAAAAAAACAAAUGUUAAUGCCAUUCGAUGUGGUUAUGCGGUUGAAGGUUUGGGUUUUUAUUAUAUUCCAGUGCCUGGAAAUCCUAAGGUGCAUAGUGAUAAGAAAUUGGCUCUAGUGCGUGUUUUGGAAGGUCCCUUUACUGUCCAGGAUUUGGCAGUGGAACUGGAAAGACUUCUGCCAGGUCAGAAGAACCAUAAUUGGGGAAUUGAAUUGAAAGGCAAUGAUGCUUUCAUUAUUAAUUUCCCUCAUGCUAGUAUACUGGAUAAUAUGGUGAAUUGGGGAGCAAUGGAUGCGAAAGCUAAGGAGGGGAGAAUCCGUUUUGAGAAAGGUAUAGAUCCUGAGGUUUACAAAUAUGAGAUAGGAAAAGUGUGGGUGCAGUUCAGAGGACUACCUAAAGAGCUUAAAAAUUUUCCCAUUAUUUGGGCAAUUGGAACUAUUUUAAGUGUACCUCGUGCUGUUGAUAUGGUCUUUACUAAUAACACUGGUAGGUGUAGAAUGAAAGUAGUUGUGCUAGCAUCUAAUCUUAUCCCAGAUUUUGUGGAUGUGGUUAUUGGUGAUCAGGUUUACAGUCUACAGUUUAAAAUUGAGGAAAAUCCUACUGGUGAGCCACAGGUCAUUGAUAUGGACUCUACUAGUGAGGAGGACCCCAAGGAAAAAGAAAAUGAGGGAGAUGAUCCCAAGGAUAGAGACACAAUUGGUAAAGCUGCAGAUGGAAAGAUGGAUGUAGAUGGAGCAGGAACUGGCACACCCAAAGGGGAUAAGCAGAAGGCCAGUGAGACAGGCAAUGCAAAUAACAAGACUGUAGUGCUGUUACCUCAGCAAGAAGCAGCUAAAAUUAUAUUGCAGAGUGACUCUGGGGUUAAAGAUAAUACAAGUAAUGGUGGGGUAGCUUCACCGGGGAGAUCCAGUAAGAGGAACGUCUCCAAUGAGGAUCAGGACUCCCUUGAGAAAGCUUCAAGGCUCAAGGCAAGCAAGAACCUGGAGACUCCUAAGAACAAAGGUACUAUUUCGAGGAACGCAUUGGCUAUGUCAGUGAACAAGCUUGCAACGGCAUGAUGAUCUUAAAGAUCAGCUCAUCUCGGGGGCUCAGCAUCUAGAGACGUGCGCCCUAGACUUUUUCAGUUCCAUUGGAUGGUUUUCUCAAAGGCAUGUUGGCUAUGUUUAGUCAAAGACUUUCUUUUGUUCCGGUUUCUAUGUACACGGUUGUAAUCUGCUACAGCCGAUCUUUACGCCCAUUUUAAACUCUGUAAUAAUUGGCCCCUUGGAUAGAUGAAGCCGGAUAAUAUAUCCUUUAUCUAAAAAAGGAUUUGCAUACAUGUGUUUAUAAGGACGAGUCUGCGUGCGUUGUAAGUGUCUGCGUUGUACGGUGUAAUUCUAAAAAAAGUAACUCAAGUUUGACCGAUUUUA